CACCCUUGCUCGCCUGCCCACUCUUGCCAUGCCACCACGGUAGAAGUCUCGUUCGGUAGUGGGCAAGACUAGACCUUCAUUGAUCGGGUCUGUCCAAGCGAGUUAUUCUGGAGUGUAUCUGAUCCCGCAGUACCUCCAUCACUCCGCAAUACGAGAUCGGUUGGUAUGACCCGUGGUCAGGCUGUUAUUCAAAGCUGGACAGUUCUUACGACUCCAACCAGACACUUGAUCAACUGGAACCUUCGUGCCGAGUUACAUCUGGGAAUUUUCACCAGGCGCUAAGCUAUCCCAUCUGGCUGAGUUUGGUGACACCUCCCUUCACGGCACCGAGCAUCCUAUCGAGGCGAUCUCGCGACCCUGUCCGGACUAAUUGCAUGCACCACGGUCCGCGGACCAACAUGAGCAACAUCUGCCUUGUCUACGUAUCUCAGAAUAUCGUGUCCACUCGAUGACACAGGCGCAGGGUUGCAUAUCACCUAGAUCGUACCAAGUAUUCCUCUUCACUGCCUCUCCAAAACGUUGGGAAGAAGCCGUGAGAUGAGCCCUUUCAAGGAUGCAGUCGAUGAGCGCUUCAGGGAGCGCAGACCGGCGGUCGUUAUAUGAUACUUCUAAGCGGUCAGCACUUGCAUGCAAUCGAUGCAGAGGCAGGAAGACAAAAUGCAAAGGGAUCCCACCUUUGCAAUGUCCAGCUUGCGAAGAGGCUGGGGUAGAUUGCGUGUACACUGAAACCGAAAGACGUAUUCCAGUCCCGGAAAGCAUCCUUCUCGAUCUCCAAGCGCGUGCGAGGGCUGCGGAUCAAUAUAUCAAAGCAGGGCAAAGCAACAACCCCUCUCCGCAGACCGUUAACGAUCCUCCACUCAAGGAAGAUGACGACUGGUGGUACAAAGGUAUGGAUACCUUGCUGCUCAGCCGCUCUGGCGAGCAUCAUUACGUCGGUACCGCAUCGUCUACAUAUUUGGCCCAAAAGCUCAAUCCGACACCGGACAACAAUCUAGCAUGGGAUGUCCAUCCAAUGUACAAAGACCCGUCGUCUUUACAACGUCCAUCGGCUCCAAUUCUGCCACAAUUGCCUCCUUACGAGUUCGCCAGAAGACUCUAUAGCGCACAGUAUAUCUACAUCGGAACAAUAUUCUCCUUUCUGCAGCCUGAUGCCUUUGAAAAGCGAUUGCAACAAGUCUAUGCGCACCCCCCAAACCUGGGCAACAGGGAAGAGUGUCUCUCCUACUGUCAGAUACUGCUCAUUCUUGCAUAUGGCCAAAUGUACUCGGUGAAUCAGUGGUCAGGCAAUGAUGGCCCGCCAGGGUUUACAUACUUCAAACACGCAUUGUGGCUCCUUCCGGAUAUCCACCAGGAAGGGUCGAUUUUGUUUGUCGAAGUCUUGAGUCUCAUCGCGCCAUAUAUGCAAAACUUGAAUCGGAAAGACGCCGCUUUUCUCUACAUUGGUUUGGCCUUGAGGAUGGCCAUAUCACUUGGACUACAUCAAGAAGUGGACGAUCCGAUGAUGGAUAUCGUGGAACGCGAGCAUCGACGCAGAGUCUGGUGGUCCGUCUAUAGUAUGGAUCGGAUCAUAUCAGUCAAAUCUGGCAACCCGAUAUCCAUUCACGACGAAGACAUCGACGUGAGCUGGCCAAGUCCCAUCCCAGGUGUUGAUCAAAACCUGUCGCCUCCUAGAGUCUUGGCUCAUUAUACUCAGCUGUCGCGGAUCCUGGGAAGAAUCGGCGAGGGCAUCUAUCGGAAGAAGCACAAGACGGGCACGAAUCUGCUUACUUCGGUGCAAAGCAUCAUGAGCGAUCUUUCCGAAUGGCUGGGAAACGUACCACAGGAGUUGAGAAUCGACUUUUCUGCACUGGAUCGCCCUCUUUCUCGUGAAGGUGUGUCCACGUUCCUUCACUAUUACCAAUGCAUCAACAUGACGACAAGACCAAUGCUUCUCUACGUCUGCCAGAAAAGGCUCGAGGCGCUCACUAGCGGCUUCGCUCCUCUGAACUGGAGGGAGGGUUUAUCACCUAACGUAAUCACCAUCAUUGAAACAGCUAUCAGGGCUGCUCGUGCAAGUACUAUGGUAAUGAGCGCGGCAGCAAGCCAAAAUCUAUUUGCGACUUAUGGCUUUAUGGACGGGGAGCACGCUUUCUCGGCUUCAUUGACCCUAGUCAUGGUUAAUGUUGCAUUCCCAUACAAUGAAAAGGAUGCAAUUGCAAUGGAGACUGCUCUUUCUGUCCUCCGAGGCAUGGCAGCCAAAGGGAAUGAAUACAUCGAAGCGCGAUUAUCGCUUCUGAUGAAUCUACGGACAAGUAUUGGACCGGUUUCGUCGAGCCGAAGCCGCAAUAUGACAGCGACUGUACCAUUAACGCAGUUCCAGGACCCAGGCGUGGGUCUCUCAUACAACCCGACGACAUCGCCGGUGAACAUACCGUUGCACCCGCAGGACAGCUUUUUGCAGUUUGACGGCAGUUUCCAGCCCUUACAGGAUGUAUCAUUCAAUUUCGACGUAGAGGAAGACCCUAAAUUCUGGGAAGAACUAUCCGGCAACCUCGACAUUGACAUGAAUAUGGACACUGGUUGGAUUGAGAAUGCUCUGCGGAAGGAGUCAUACCAUCCAGGCCAUUUUGGCACAACACAAUGAAACUUGUAUUUGUGGGAACAAAUCGCGCAUCGACACGGCCUGUAGUGGCUAGAACGAGAGAUACAACGCUCCAGCUUCAUACUUCGGGGAUUAUGUCCCAAUCUCUGAUGUCCAGCACAAGCAUAUAACCCGGAGCAUGUCCAAUCACGGUGCCUUCGAGAGCAGCUCUUCGUACAGCUUCCUGAGGAGUUACUCCGCAUCCCCAGAAGACAGGCACAACUUCUUCAUCACUGCCACUGCCUUCGAGUUCUAGUGGCGACCCGUCUGCAGCAACUGGAGCCUCCCCAAAAUCCGGCUGAUUGAUGUCGCGUAUACCCAGACGAGAUACUGCGUCCCAUCCCCAUGCAAUCGGCUCACCGUGAGUCGCUAUAUAUGGGCGGGUGAUGUCUCGCACCUUUUCGACAUCCUUCCUUCGAUAAGGUCGCAUGGAUACUACAUACGUUGACUGCUGAAAAGCACCGGCCGGACAAAGCGGGAUAUUGGUCACGUACAUGGGAACGUUCCUUCCGUGAGCUGUAUGCGUUGGUAUGAGGCCUGCUUCGGUAAGAGCAGACUCGAAACUGUAGGAACAACCGAUCAAGAAUCCAACAUGAUCCUCUGUCCAUUCGUCUUCAACGUUGAGACAGUGCGACUUUGUCAACACGCCGUCCUGAUAGACCAUAUACCUUGGAAAAUCGUGACGAAGGUCAACGUUUUUGGCGAUUUGUUCGCCUUCCAACCCGUCUAUCCAUGACUGCAAUUCAUUCCAUUUCCCAAGUGCUUUAGAUUCCGCCAGCA